UUUACGAUAUCAUCCAUGCAAAUCACGCAUGAUUAAAAAUAGUCCACAAAUGGAGAGAGAAUGUUGUUUAUAUGCCCGUUGAAGAAAGUUCAUUCCUAACUCUAGCCACUUCUUCUCUUUUUGCUACAAGGAGAAACUCUUCUUAAAAACAAGUAACAAGUCUUCAUUUUCCAAUACUAUUUUCUAAGCAAAAGCAAAAGCAGGCACUGUUCAAAAUCAUCUUGAACAUCCUUCUAAUGAUUUUCAAUAUUUUGUGAAGGGCCACAAUUAGUUUUUUUUUUUGAUGGAAGGAGGAAGCAGUAGUACAGAAGAAUCAAAAUUGAGCCCCAAAAACCAAAUUGAAUUCGGAGAAGAGGAAGAGGGGGAGGACGAUCUCGAGACCGAAGAAAAAAGCAAAGCUCAAGGUACAACAAGAACCAGCUCUAGUAACAGCACUGUGGAAGAGAACGGAAAAAAGACCAAUUCAGGAAGUGUACGGCAGUAUGUACGUUCCAAAACUCCGAGGCUACGGUGGACGCCUGAGCUCCAUCUUCGCUUUGCUCAUGCUGUUGAAAGAUUAGGAGGCCAAGAUAGAGCUACACCAAAAUUGGUUCUUCAAUUAAUGAACAUUAAAGGCCUCAGCAUAGCGCAUGUCAAGAGCCAUCUUCAGAUGUACAGAAGCAAGAAAACUGAUGACCCCAGUCAAACAGUUUCUACGGACGGAAGAACCUUACUUGAGAACGGAGAUCAUCAUAUUUUCAAUCUCACCCAACUUCCUAGGCUACAAGGGUAUAACCAAACUUCUAGUUCAAGCUUAAGGUAUGAGAAUGCUUUAUGGAGUCGUCAACCUAAUUCUAUGUACAAUUCUUAUAACGUGAAUAUUGGAGGUGGCUCCCGUACAAGUACAAGACAUGGGUUUGCAAGCCACAUCAAUGGAUUCUCAUCAGAUGGACAAUUAUUUCCAUGGAAUAAACCCAUUGAUACUGAGAAAAACCAAAACCGGCCUCAAUUCCUUCAAAAUCAAAGAUUUUGGCCGACUCAAAUUGGAAUAAGCUCCGCAAAACAGAAUCUCCUAAUGACAUUACAAUUCAAUAGAAAUACAGUUGAGACAGCCACACAAUUCAACAGGAGAGAGCAAGAAAUGAUGACACAAGUGCGGGCUAAUAUAUCUCUUUCUUCUUCAAGGGGAAAAGGAUGGACGAGUGAGGAGGUUGCAGGAACAAUAACAAGCACAUCCAAUAAAAGAAAGAUUCACGAUUCAGAAAUCAACCUUGAUUUGAACCUUUCACUGAAAGCAACAAGAGAGGAUCAUGAUGAUCAUUUGAAAAGAUUAAAAGCUGAACAAGUUGGGGAUCUUCUUUCUCUUUCUUUGUACUCAUCAAGUACCAAUGAUCAGGAAAAUAAUGGAAAGAAGGCAAAUACCCUAGAUCUGACUCUUUGAAUGGAGACAAUAUUCAUUAUUCUGAGUGAGAUUUUGAGGUACUUGUUUGAUUAAAUAGUAGUAGCAUCCUAUGCAGCAGAUUUUUGUCCUAUGUAUAUGCUAGAGCUACCACUGUGCAAAAGGUUUGUUGUUCCCAAUAUGUAUGAAUAUAUCAUUGGGGAAACCUAGGCAAUGAUAUAUUAGUUUUAUUUUCUGAAUUUUUACUCUACAACAUUGUUGGGUAAUGGGAAUAAACGAAAAAUAAAUUAAAUCCACCUAAUUUUCUU